AUGGAAGCCUUGUACUUUAAUGUCGAUGAUGGUUAUACGGAAGGUAUUGUGAGAGGUUAUAAAAGUGGCAUUCUCAAUUCUACACACUACUUGAAUUUGACUCAAUGCGAAACUUUAGAUGAUUUAAAACUUCAAUUAAGUGCCACUGAUUACAGCAAUUUUUUGGCAAAUGAGCCAUCGCCCAUAGCAACUUCAACAAUUCAUGAAAAAGCAACACAAAAAUUAAUUGAUGAGUUUAAGUAUGUACGAACUUUGCAUGAAAGAGACACCAAUGAGUUAUUAGAAAGGUGUCAUCCACUUGGUAUAUUUGAUUCAAUGCCCGCGUUAUGUGUUGCCACAAAUACUGAUGAAUUGUAUAAUACUGUGUUGAUUGAAACACCACUUGCACCUUAUUUUGAAAAUUGUAUUUCUGCUGACGAUCUUGAUGAAUUGAAUAUUGAAAUUAUUCGUAAUGCACUUUACAAGGCAUACCUUGAAGAUUUUUAUAGAUAUUGUAAGGAAGAACUUGGUGGUGUUACUGGACAAAUAAUGACAGAUAGACGUGCAAUUAACAUUACCAUAAAUUCUUUUGGAACAGAAUUGUCAAAAGAUGAUCGGGUUAAAUUGCUCCCAAGUUUUGGAAAAUUAUACCCUGCUGGUCAUGAAAGACUUAGAAAAGCUGAUGAUGUUGAACAAGUUAGAAGUGCUGUAGAAGCUUGGACUGCUACAAGUGAAGCCAAGACCUUGGAUGAUCAAUUUUUUGAAUAUGAAGUUCAUCUUAACAAACUUACAUUUCAACAGCAAUUUCACUAUGCUAUUUUUUAUGCAUUUUUAAAAUUAAAAGAACAAGAGAUUAGGAAUAUUGUGUGGAUUGCUGAAUGUAUUAAAGAACAGUUAGAAAUGCCACCACAAAUACCAGAAUCAAUAUCAGUGGCUCAAAACAAAUAG